CCCGAACAACCGGGACAAGUGAUGCUCUGAGCUGCACUGUUGCUCCACUGUCGCCUCGUGUCUCUGCAGCAAAAAACCGGGCUGGAAAUGGUCCGAUGCUCCACUGACCGGCAGCGAUCGGAGGUUAGACUCUCAGUCAACAGAGGGUCACAGCCACAUUCACACCAGCCUCCCUCCGCCCGGCUGCCAAGAGUCGCCCGUCUGCCUGCUUUCGCCUGAGCAUCACUGAAGACGGACAGAAAGCAUACGCUGUAGUGGUGGUACAACCUCAGUGUGUGUGCAUGAGUGUGUGUGAGUGUCUUUAGUGUUCCCCCUCCCCAAGCCCUUCACUCUGAAUGUGUGCAAUGAUGUGUGCUCGUGCCAAGGUGGAGAGUUAAACGCAAGACGGGACCUUUUCAAGUCAGCAGAACGGAUCAGAGCACGUGAGAUUGUGAGUUUGUGUGUGUGUGUUUGUGAGUGUGUGCGUCAGGGAGGUAGCUGUUGACCAGCAGGCUAUGAGUGCGUCUCAGAGGGACAGCCGUUCAAUCGUUGAGUUGAGUUGAGCAAGAGCAAAGGAAAAUCUGUAAGAGGAGCAACCAUGGGGCUCGGACAGUCCAGCAAGACUCCGGUCACCGACGACACGGAUGAUGUCAAUUUUGACCAUUUCCAGAUCUUGAGGGCAAUAGGAAAGGGGAGUUUUGGAAAGGUCUGCAUUGUGCAGAAGAAAGACACCAAGAAGAUGUACGCCAUGAAGUACAUGAACAAGCUGAAAUGUGUGGAACGAAAUGAAGUGAGGAAUGUUCUGAAGGAGCUGCAGAUCAUGCAGAACCUUGAACAUCCUUUCCUGGUCAACUUCUGGUAUUCCUUCCAGGAUGAGGAGGACAUGUUUAUGGUGGUGGACCUGCUCCUGGGAGGAGACCUUCGUUACCACCUCCAGCAAAACGUCCACUUCUCAGAGACCACAGUGAAGCUCUACGUCUGUGAACUGGCCCUGGCUCUGGGAUACCUCCGCACCAAGCGCAUCAUACACAGAGACAUCAAGCCUGACAACAUACUGCUGGAUGAGCAUGGCCACGUCCAUCUAACAGACUUCAAUAUCGCAGCCAUUGUAAAAGAAGACCUGAAGGCAACAUCCAUCGCUGGGACCAAACCGUACAUGGCUCCAGAGCUUUUUCAGACCUUCGAGGGGUCCCAUCCCGGCUACUCCUUCUCUGUCGACUGGUGGUCGCUGGGGAUUACAGCCUACGAGCUACUAAGAGGACAGAGGCCGUAUGUGAUGAGAUCUACUACACCGACUAAUGAGAUCCUUCAAACAUUUCACAAGGUCCAUCCCAGUUACCCAGCAGCCUGGUCUUUGGAGAUGAAGUCGCUUCUCAGAAAGUUGCUGUGCAUAGAUGUCCAGAAGCGCAUCUCCUGUCUAGCAGAGCUGCAGGAUCUGGACUACAUGUCAGACGUCAACUGGGACGCUGUGCUCAGCAAACAGCUUCCUCCAGGCUUUAUUCCCAAUAGGCGAAGGCUAAACUGUGACCCCACAUUUGAGCUGGAGGAAAUGAUCCUGGAGUCCAAACCGCUUCACAAGAAGAAGAAAAGGCUUGCUAGGAAGACCAAGGACCAAGGAUCGGACGGGUCCCCACAGAAUGGCCAGUUGCAGCAGCGUUUGGAUAACGUCCAGAGAGACUUCAUUGUCUUCAACAGAGAAAAGUCAAGAAUAGCUGUGGUGGACUCUGAGUCCUCUGAGCUGUCCACAACUGAGAAGAACAAGGCCAUAGAAGAUGGACAGAACAACAAUGUUGAGCCAGCUGCCUACUUAUCAGGAUAGCUCUCAUUACCCAACAUCCCCACUUAAUCCUCCAUCACAGCUUAUUUAUCAGCAAUUUACACUCACACACCUGCUGUCUCACCAGCACAGGCACCACUACAUCUAUACAAACACCAAUGCAGCACUGUAUGCACUUGUGCAUCACCGUUUACUCACAAAAAACCCACAAUAUCAAGAACUCCAGCGCUGCAGGGGUAAAAAAAUGGACUCCUGGAGCAGCAGCCAUGCCAGAGCUAUGCUUUUUUGCUUCCCUGUCACGACGAAGAAUGGCUCUCAGCAGAGCGUCACUCAUGUCAUGCCUCCUUACAUCACUCUGGUGCUCUAAUGUCUGCUCAGCCUCGACUCUGGGCAGCCUGCUGAAGUGAAAAGGAAAUCAUUUCCCUGCCAAAACGAAGACAAUGCCACACCUGUUCAGCUGGUCAGCCAUGGUUAAAAGCUACACACUACUGCUGCUACUGCUGCUGCUGCUGUAAGGGCAGGACACUCUGGUUAAUUACGGUUAUUUAAACGUAACACGGUUCAGCAGUGCAACAUGGAAAGUGACUUAGCAAAAAUUGGCAAUCACGAGGACUUUGGCUGGCAACAUAUAUUGAAGAACGCUUGAGUGGACGGCUUUGUUCCAUGUGAUCUGGAAAUGAGCACGACACUAAGAGUACAAAACAUUCAAACGGAGAGCUUAAUACCACAAAAACAAGGCCUUUGUUUUUAAAACAGCAACAAUGGAUUCCUCCAAGGUAGAAUUUAUAGAGCCAUACCGCAGGCUUGAGCAUGAACGGCUCAUUUUAUCAUAGCGGCAGAUCCAUGGUUGUAGUGAUGCUUAGCUUUGUUAGUUAAGCUAAUAAAGACGGUAGAUUUGCAGUAUUUGGUGUGAUGUCCCAGUUUCAUCAGUAGCAGAUGUAGGCAAAACCUGCAGCAAGUUUUCUUAAGCCGAGACACAACUAGGGUUUAAAUGCAGCUACCAAACAUCGGCUUUCAAGCUUAAGCUUCAAGGUCCAUUCGUGACCUUGCAGGUUUAUAAGGAGCUGUUUAGUUACACCAAGUGUGUGGGCAUUCUGAUGAAAAAAAAACUGACAUUUUGGACUAAUGUUUGCCUCGAUCUGCAAAUGAUCAACUGGGUUUUCAAAUAGAGGUUUCUAGCUACGAAAACAUAGAAAAGGUAGAUGGUAGAUGUUAUAUGUUCUGCACUGAACCUUGCUUUGCACAUGCUUCUUCAUAAAGUGUAGCAUUUAUGCACAGAGAGACAAAAAAAAAUCUAAAGCUGUGAGUGGAUACUUGUUCCCUUAGAGAUGGUUUUAUAGACGCGGAUUAAGCCGACUCCUAGAUAAGAUUAAUUCUUCUGUUAGUGUCCGCACUGAAGUUUGUUUUUGUCCGAUUUUUUUUUAUGUCCUUCCUCUUUUGUGCUGGAUAAAACCAAUUACAUUUGUGCCACCAGAUAAGUCUGUGAAGUCGUAUUUGCUAUUAAUUGCUCCCAUAGCAGAAGAAUACAAUUUGCAAUCGGUCUCUGCAACAGCAUUUUGUGCAGAUGGUGUUUAGGAAACUGAAAUUCUGCACCAGACAAACAAAUACAAGACAAAAACCCUCAUUCGCACGAUGAGAUUUGCUAUAAACUUGUUCAAAACCGCAUCCAAGAAACCACACCUGCCUCUGAAGCUCACAGAGGGAUGCCUUACACCACAGAUACGGCACACAGCUGCUUCCCUUAACUGUAUGUAGUAGAAACCUGAGCUUUUUGUUCCAUCGUCACUCAGUAAAGUGUGAUUUCUAUUGACCUUGAUCUUAUCUAGCUGCAAUAUGACUCAAUCCUUUCAAGCCUACGAUCUCUCGUAGUAACAUUUAAGGCAUAUUUCACUCUAAAUUCACUACUGUUGGCACUUUUCUAAUGAACAUUGGUACAACGUUUUGACUUACCUUUGUGUUGUUGUUGCCGUUGUUGUCGUUGAUGUAAUUUUACAGAUCCAAAGGUGGUUUCCUGUAUAAGUUGUAAGACAUAGUGGGGUAGUUAAAUGGAUGGACUAAUGCUAGGAAUACCUGGAGUAAAUAAUAUUUGUUAAUGGUGAUUGUUAACUUGUUUGCAUGAAUUAGAGGCUGGGUUAAUGGCAUCAAAUUACUGAAUGGUAAACCUCUGUUACGGUAAAAGUUAAAAAGAAAAUCACUCACAAAUAGUAUUUGAACCAGGCAGAACAGUUUUUCCAACAAAAAGUUAGUAUGGGAACACACUUGUUUAACACCUGUGAAUCUCACCCUCUUAAGGUUUUGUUGUCCUUCAGUUGUCACUGUGUGUUUAUUGUAAUCAAAUGUGAUGACGUUGCAAACUAUUAAGGUGUGCCUUAAAUAAUAACUUUCUUUUUCUGAAACAA